AUCAAGUUUGACAUCCCGGAAAUGGGCUUUGCCAUGGGCGGUGGCGGCGGCGGCGCGGCUGUCGAGGAAGAGGUCAAGGAAGAGAAGACUGCCUUCGACGUGAAGCUCGUGAGCUUUGAUGCCAAGAACAAGAUCAAGGUCAUCAAGGAGAUCCGCGCCAUCACGGGUCUCGGCCUCAAGGAAGCGAAGGAGCUUGUGGAGAACGUCCCGGCUGUGCUCAAGAAGGACGUCAAGAAGGCCGAGGCCGACGAACUCCUGGCCAAGAUCGCGGAGAUCGGCGGUGUCGGUGAAUUGGAAUAG